AUGCAUCGUUCUGAUUCAUUGGAUCUUCCCGAUGAUACAAUGAAUAUGCCUCCACCAAGUAGAAUUGGAAGCAGAUCUGCUAGCAGAAAUGCAACGCCGCCAGUUCUUAAAUUAUCUCGUCCUGCUGGAAAUGGCUCAACUUUGCCAAACACACCCAGAUUGACUCCAACUCGUAACAAUUCUGUUUUUGGUGACGUUGAGAAGGUUUCCAAACCCGCAGAUUCCAUAACUGUCAACACCAAACCUGUUGAACCAACUGAGGCCGUUGAGAAUGGUUCUACUGCCAAGAGAAGAAGUAAUGGGGUUGACAUGCGCCCCUACAAAAAGACUCGUUUGCUUGCAUCAUUUUCCGAAACUGUGAAAUUGAUUGUUGGACCCAAAGAUGAAACCAAGACGUUUAUUGUUCACAAGGAUAUUCUUCGUGCAGCAAGUCCCUUUUUUGAGGCUGGCUUCAAACCUGAGUGGCAAAAGGGAGGAGAUGCCAUCAUGGAGCUACCCGAAGACGACCCAAGAUAUCUUGCGCCAUUGGUCUAUUGGAUCUACAACAAUGAAAUUGUCUAUCCGCAUGAUGGUAUGGGAGUGCCAAUGAUAGGGCUUGCUGGUGUCUACCAUUUGGCCGAAAAAUAUUUGAUGCCACGACUCCAGAACGAUCUCAUUGAUUCUUUGGUUUAUGAAAUCAUCACCAACGACCAUUUUUUCUUGCCAUGCGAUAUAACUUCAAUUUUCAAAAACUCCCCAGCAGCAUCAAAGCUUCGUCUUUUUGUCGUCAACUCUACUUUGAAAAAUUGGACUGUUGUUAAGCACAUGGCCUGCAAGCCAGAGGAUCUCUGCGCAGACUUCCUGUUUGAAGUGUUCAUUGCUUUCGCUAAGGAUCCGAGGGCAGGCUUGAGAAAUACUUUCUUGGAUUCCGAGAAUCAGUAUUGUGAGCUGUAUCACAUCCAUGAGGCCGAAGAGGAAGGGAAGUGCAGAUGUCUCAAACUCCCUGAGCACGUAGCGUCGGAUUAA